UGUGCUAGCGGAGUGUGUGCAGUGAGUCAGCCUGCAGUGCGCGCAGCGGAGGCCGGCAGCUCUCCAGCCUGCAUCACCCGAACGCAAACAAGAAAAGCAAGAUGAACGUCGGUGUGGCCCACAGUGAAGUCAACCCAAACACCCGUGUGAUGAACAGUCGAGGGAUAUGGCUGACUUAUGCGCUUGGCGUAGGAAUGCUUCACAUUGUACUGUUGAGCAUUCCUUUCUUCAGUGUUCCUGUUGUGUGGACCCUCACAAAUGUUAUUCACAAUUUUGGUAUGUAUGUGUUUAUGCAUGCAGUGAAAGGCACACCAUUUGAAACACCAGACCAGGGAAAGGCAAGACUUCUCACACACUGGGAACAGCUGGACUACGGCGUGCAGUUCACAUCAUCUAGAAAAUUCUUUACAAUCUCACCAAUCAUUUUGUAUUUUCUCGCCAGCUUUUACACGAAAUACGACACAGCUCAUUUUGUGAUAAACACAGCUUCGCUUUUGAGUGUUCUCAUCCCCAAACUGCCACAACUCCAUGGAGUCAGGAUCUUUGGAAUAAACAAGUAUUAAGCCCAGUGUUCAGAGGGCACAGACCAACUCGGAGCUGUUGCCUGAUGUGGGAGAGGAGAUAACCCUUUGUACUUUGUACCGCAGUUGUGUACACUUAGCAGUUUUGUACAGUCUGUGUAAUUGUGAGUCUCUUUGUUUGAUAUAUCUUGAGAAAUUGUUGUAGGGACAAGUUAGGAGGACAAUUCCACAAGCAUUAAUAACUUAAGAUAUUUAAUGUGUUUUCGUUAGUUGUUUUGUGAUCCUCGUGGAUCUGGGCUGGCCCAGGUUUCAUGGUUAAUUUCUUUUUCCGUUAAUUAGUUUUUGUUUGUUCAAAUGUGCUCACAACACUGAUACACUAAGAUAGUUUUAUGCUUUUAGCGUCACUUCACAUUUCUGAAUACAUUCAUAGAUAAUUCCAUGAAUUGACAAAAUGUGUUUUUAAAAUCAUUUAAAAGCCAUGAAACCUUUCUGCUGUUUCGUUAAUGUUAUCAUUGCUUCAGAGACAAAUAAAAAGUCAGUUUGCAUGAUUUCCUGAAAAAUAUUUGUUCAUCACAAUACUAUGUGUAGUUUUGUUUAGUUAAUGUCUUACAGCUUAUAAGUGACAAUGAAAAAUAUUAACAUGAACAAAACUUUUAGGCUUUUAAGUACCGAGUCGACAUGAAAUCAAAAAUAGAACUUUCUUAAUUUAAUACAUAUUUCUGGUCUCAUUUUGCACAUUUUAUUGGUGUACAUUAUUUCAAAGAACAUUUCCUUAUAGAUUUUGAACUGCAUCCUCUGCCCUGAAACAAAACAUCAAGUUCUUCCCUACAUUUUUUCAUCUUCUGUUUGAAUCUGAAUAUUUCAAGUUGACUUUUAGCUCAAUUUCAGUAUGUCAUUUUAAAUGUCUGGAUCAUUACCAAGCUUCAGCAAGCCAUCAUGUUUCUUUGCUCUUUUCUGUCAGUAUUACUGAAGUUGAGAAACUGUAACAUAGACCCAUUAAACUAUUUGUAUUCUUCCACUUUCUUGUCUUUUGACAAUAUUCGCGAAGGCUCGACUGUGCCAAUUGUUUUGUCCUUUUGUUUUGAGAAAAGGAAUGAACAUAGUAUGUGGUGUGUUGCAUGACAUGCAGCAAACAAAUAAAACGUUGCAAAGUAUUAGAAACGCUGUUGUUCACUAGAGAAAUAAAUUGUGUGAAAUAUAAAAUACAUUUAAUGUAAAUCAUAAACUCGUACAAUCAUA